AUGUCAGACUAUUUACCUCACGAAAUCAUAAUUGAAAUCCUCACAAAACUACCCGUCAAAUCCAUCCUCCGAUGCAUACUCGUCUGCAAGGCAUGGUACUCUUUGAUCACAAGCCCUAAUUUCAUCGUCAGACACCUCAAUCGCACCGUUUUGAGCAGCAAAAUCUACCAUCCCACACUUUUCAUCAGACGUUACGACAAGAAUGGCCAGAACGAGCACUAUACAUUACACCGAGAAGAUGAAACAUUUGGGGUUAGUUUUUCGGAACUGGAAUUUCCAUUUAAGAUUCCAAUUGGGUAUUUUAGAAUAGUUGGUUGUUGCAAUGGGUUGAUAUGCUUGUCUUAUGAUUUAUUUGGUGAUAUGACAACUAUAAUUCUAUGGAACCCAUCGAUUAGGAAAUCGGUUACUCUGCCAAAACCCAGUAAGUCAAAAUCACUACACAUGUUUGUGCUUGGUUUCGGAGUUGUCCCAAUGACUCAGGAUUUCAAAGUGGUGAGAAUUGUAUAUUACAAAGGGUUUUUUAGUGGCUACGAAGCCCCUCCCAAUGUUGAGAUUUACACGCUCAGCACAGGAUCGUGGAGAAGCAUUAAUUCGGCUGCUCCUUCAUAUUGUAUGGUGGAAUAUAUGUGGUCACAGGCUUUGGUAAAUGGGGUUGUGCAUUGGAUUGCAUAUAAUCCAUGUUUUGAGUUCGGGUUCUGCAGUUUGAUUGUGUCAUUCGAUUUGGGUGAAGAGGUAUUUCAUGAGAUUGUGCUUCCUGAGGCUUUGGCUGGUGAGAUUGCGACAAACUUGUCUACUUCUGUAUUUAGGGAGUCCCUUGCUGUGAUCAAGUAUGAUAAGGAAAUAGGAACUACGUCAUGUUGUGUGUGGGUUAUGAAAGAGUAUGGAGUUGCAGAUUCAUGGACUAAAUUAUUUAGCAUUCAUCUAGUGGGAACAUUGGAGAAAAUAAUAGGAUUUAGGAAGAAUGGUGAAGUUUUGUUGUCAUCGAGGAGCUGCAAGCUGGUUGCUUAUGACCCCAAGAUGGGACUGAUCAAGGACCUUGAAAUCCUUGGUGACACGCGCUCCUUUCAUGUUGAUACAUACAUGGAAACCCUGGUUUUAUUAGGGAAAUCAAAGCGUUAGUUCAGUUCCGGUACUCUCGGGUAAGUAGCUCUACGAAAGAGUGCUCGGUUGGUUCUCACUUGGAAGGCAGCUCGUAGAAACAAAACAGUUUUAGGUUUGCCGGUCCUUUAUUCAAUGAGUCGGCUCUCUAUGGUCUAAAAUAGGCUCCUCGUGCUUGGUUUGAGAAG